CCACCAUCCAACGAUUGGCCCUUUUAAGUCGUGGCAAUUUGUCUUUCAGCUUACCACUAGUUUAAUAAUUGCUUACGGAAACGAAACGAAGCCACGAAAGUCGCAAGGCGCACCAUAUAUCACCAUGGAUUUCGCCGCGCUCAUGAGCAAAGAGCUCUCAAAAUCGAAGCCCGCAGCCAAAGCCGACGACAAGAAAUACCUGAAGCGCUCCGAGGUGGAAUCGAAUCGCAAGGAAGCAUAUAUAGCCGAGCAAAAGGCCAUUGAAGAGGAGCGCGAGAAGAAGGCAGCAGCUAAGCGCAAACUAGAAGAAGAUACGCUGGCAGCCAACAAGGUCCGCGAUGAGAAGCGCCGCAAACUCGCCGAAGAAUCGCGGAAACGCCAAGAUGAUGCCGACUGGGAAGAAGAGAAAGAACGACGUAAGCGACUCGGGCUUCCAGAAAUCGAACGACCGCAAAAGGUCGAGGUGGAGGAGACUGUCGCGCCAGAAGACGACAUUUCCGAUGACGAGCUGCAAUCCAAGCUCCGUGAGAUAGGACACCCUGUAAUACUGUUUGCCGAGAGCCAUGCUGCUCGUCUCAGACGGUACAGAAAACUGACAGCCGUCGUCACCGAUGGACCUAUUCCGACAACACUUGUCCUCGUCGACGAAAAGGAUAUGAAGGUUGCUGAAAAGGUGCCAGCGGACGCGGCAGGUCGCAAAUUCCUUUUCCGCCAGAUUGCAAGCUACUUCACCAUGGUGUUAAAAGAAUAUGAGAAGGCCAUGGACUCUUCGCGCACAAACACUACUGAAAGCAAGGCCGCAUAUGCUGCCAUGGUUCAAGCGCGUGACAACAUGAAACCACUCUUCCGUAAACUCGAGACUGGCGAUAUCCAAGAUUCCAUUCUUACACCUAUAAACGAUAUCGUUCGCGCGCUUCAAGAGCGUCGAUACGUCGACGCCAAUAACGGCUACCUACACGUCUCCAUUGGCAAAGCGGCUUGGCCUAUUGGUGUUACCAUGGUUGGUAUCCACGAGCGUAGUGCUCGCGAGAAGCUGCAUGACGGAGAAAAGGGCCAUGUUAUGGGAGACGAAGUCACGCGCAAAUACCUACAGAGCAUUAAGCGCUGUCUUACCUUUGCACAGGUCCGCUGGCCGCCAGAUGAUCUCAAGCAGCUGAUGGGCUAAGAAUUUGCGGUUAUAUGACAAAAAACAAGCAAGUACAAGCACAAGUUUACGAUACCCUCGAUGAAACCAUGUAAAAUAAUAAAAUAUCCUCUUAAAACAAUGCCAGCUGCAAAUUACGUCUAAUCAUCAAAGGGGCUUUUGCAUUACCGUAAGCCGAUUACUCAUUGGCCCUAUGCUCAACUCCAGCCCUCAGCAGCCUGGCUCUCUUCAAGAAAUGAGGAAUCCAUCGUCAAACCAGGUGUGAAGACCUGACCAUGCGCCUGAGCCUUCUUUGGACCCACGACUUCUAAGCCGGAGCAAACGAUACCCAUUCGUCGUAGUCUUUCUGUAGCUUCCUUCUCGUAGCCAUGUGCUACUUGGAGUGCCUGACGCUGCAUCUCAGCUCUCGGAUCUGGUUGGACAGCAACCAAAAGCUACAUGUCUAGUUAGAAACACUUCUUCACACUAUGUCACAGAUAGCAUGGUACUCACCCUGUUCUUGGUAUCGAUUUUAGCCUUGAGCGUGCCCUGGCGAAUCAUAGCCAAGAGCUCAUCUUCAAGGGAUGCGCCAGGCGCUGCAAAGGCAGACUCCAAACUUUCAAGAGUAACACAGGAGAACGGAAUAAAAUACUGCAUGAUGCAUUUACUCCUGAUCUUUGCGUAGAGGUCUUGGACAUGCUUGAAGAGGUAAAUAUCGAGUAGGUAGUCGGCCCGAGUCGAUUCUAGGAUGGCAAGGCAUGCGGAGUAUCGGCCGUUGACGAACAGACUGAUUGCCUUGCGAAUUUGUGGCUCUGUCUCCAGGAAGCUUCUGAAGUUUUGGCUCUCCAGCACACGGCUCUGUAAGCUGUUUCGGUCCAUUGUGGCUAGCGACAACAGGCCACCGUAAACGGCAAUGUCGUUGGGGCUGGCAAUAUGGGAAUAGUCGGACGGCGAGGUAGCGUAAUCGGCCAUCAAGAAGUUACGGGCAGCUUCAGUAUAGUUUCCUUGUCCUAUAUAUCCAACACCCGCAAUGAUUCUUGAUGUUCCCACACUGCCGGAAUGCUCUUGGACGUUAGGCAUGGACCACACCUUGGUUGCGUGUGCAACAGCGGAGGGCCAAUCUUUGCGUUGUAACGCGAUGCCUGCGAGCAGCAGACUGCAAUCCACAAUUUGUUUUGUUGUGCUGACGUCUUGUCGCAUUCGCCCGAAAGCUUCAGUGGCGGCAGGGAGCUUACCAACCUUCUCAAAGUGUUUUCCUAGCUCUUCGUUCGUCAUCUAGAAGUCGAUUCGUUAGCCGCAGUCUCUAAUAAUGUAGGAAGCCGAAAUACCCGAAUGCUCUCCUUCACCAGGUUAUUCUUAUAUCCCUUAAGAACAGUCUCCAGAUGCGAUGUUACGGAUUUGGCCGUCUUGUCUGUUUCUUCGAUCCAUGUUUCGUCUCGUUGGGCUUCGGGCUCGUUCGGAGCUACCUUGCGUAGCAAGUCCCAUGCUUCCUUGUAUCUUGGAGUAUCGGUGCCUAACUUGGCUUCAUUAACAGCCGCUUUCAGCGAUUCGAUGCACAACGGCACGCUCGUCAAUCCGAUGUGUAUUAGGCGCUCGAAGCGGGUGCGCUCUGU